UGAGCCCCCGCCCCAGGCUAGUCCUGGCUGCAUCUCCCGCCUGAGUCCGAGGCCCGUGCAGCCUCCGCCCCAGCGCCCGCGCGGUGUCCGGCAUCUCUGGAGAGCAGCUCGGCCCGCGGCGGCGCGGCAGGUGUUCCCUCCUCCCCUGCCCGGGGCAGCGGCCACCAUGUUCUCGUGUGUGAAGCCCUAUGAGGACCAGAACUACUCGGCCCUGAAGCGCUCCUGUCUGCGCAGGAAGGUGCUCUUUGAGGACCCGCACUUCCCUGCCACCGACGACUCGCUCUACUACAAGGGCUCCCCGGGACCCACUGUCAGGUGGAAGCGGCCCAAGGACAUCUGUGAGGACCCCCGCCUCUUUGUGGAUGGCAUCAGCUCCCACGACCUACACCAGGGCCAGGUGGGCAACUGCUGGUUUGUGGCAGCGUGCUCAUCACUCGCUUCCCGGGAGUCACUGUGGCAAAAGGUCAUCCCAGACUGGAAAGAGCAGGAGUGGGACCCUGAGAAGCCGGACGCCUACGCGGGCAUCUUUCACUUCCACUUCUGGCGCUUUGGGGAGUGGGUAGACGUGGUCAUCGAUGACCGGCUGCCCACGGUCAACAACCAGCUCAUCUACUGCCACUCCAACUCCCGCAACGAGUUCUGGUGUGCUCUGGUGGAGAAGGCCUAUGCCAAGCUGGCGGGCUGCUACCAGGCGCUGGAUGGAGGCAACACGGCAGAUGCUCUGGUGGACUUCACGGGUGGUGUUUCCGAACCCAUCGACCUGACUGAGGGUGACUUUGCCAGUGAUGAGAAUAAGAGGAACCAGCUCUUUGAUCGUGUGUUAAAGGUGCACAGCCGGGGAGGUCUCAUCAGCGCCUCCAUCAAGGCAAUGACAGCGGCGGACAUGGAGGCCCGCCUGGCAUGUGGCCUGGUGAAGGGCCAUGCAUACGCCGUCACUGAUGUGCGCAAGGUGCGCCUGGGCCACGGCCUCCUGGCUUUCUUCAAGUCAGAGAAGCUGGACAUGAUCCGCCUUCGCAACCCCUGGGGCGAGCGGGAGUGGAACGGGCCUUGGAGUGACACCUCAGAGGAAUGGCAGAAGGUGAGCAAGAGUGAGCGGGAGAAGUUGGGUGUGACUGUGGAGGACGACGGCGAGUUCUGGAUGACCUUCGAGGACCUGUGCCAGUACUUUACCGACAUCAUCCAGUGCCGCCUGAUCAACACAUCCUACUUGAGUAUCCAUAAGACGUGGGAGGAGGCACGGCUACGCGGCGCCUGGACACGGCAUGAGGACCCACGACAGAACCGCAGUGGGGGCUGCAUCAACCACAAAGAGACCUUCUUCCAGAACCCGCAGUACAUUUUUGAUGUCAAGAAGCCAGAAGAUGAAGUGCUGAUCUGUAUCCAGCAGCAGCCGAAGCGCUCUACCCGCCGGGAAGGCAAGGGCGAGAACCUGGCCAUUGGCUUUGACAUCUACAAGGUGGAGGAGAACCGCCAGUACCGCAUGCACAGCCUGCAGCACAAGGCCGCCAGCUCCAUCUACAUCAACUCCCGCAGUGUCUUCCUGCGCACCGACCAGCCCGAGGGCCGCUACGUCAUCAUCCCCACCACCUUUGAGCCAGGCCACACGGGCGAGUUCUUGCUCCGAGUCUUCACUGAUGUGCCCUCUAACUGCCGGGAGCUGCGCCUGGAUGAACCUCCUCGCACCUGCUGGAGCUCCCUGUGUGGCUACCCCAAGCAGGUGACCCAGGUACAUGUCCUGAGGGCUGUUGGCCUCAAGGACUCCCCAACAGGGGCAGACUCUUAUGUGAUUAUCAAGUGCGAGGGGGACAAAGUCCGCUCGGCCGUGCAGAAGGGUACCUCUACACCCGAGUAUGACAUCAAAGGCGUCUUCUACCGCAAGAAGCCGGGCCAGCCCAUUACUGUCCAGAUCUGGAACCACCGAAUCCUGAAGGACGAGUUCCUGGGCCAGGUGCACCUGAAGGCUGACCCAGAUGACCUCCAGGCCCUGCACACCCUCCAUCUCCGGGACCGGAAUCGCCGGCAGUCCAGCGACCUCCCAGGCACCAUUGGUGUGCGUGUCUUCAGCAGUGCCUCACUUAUGGCUGUCUGACACCUGCCCAGCUACCUGGCUCUGACAGUUCUCACUACCAUCUGCAUGUCCCCACCAGGCCUGGGACUAGUCUGAGACCUAAGACGCUGGGGUCCUUUUCCCAGUCUUCCACUGACUUGCUGUGUGACCUUGGGAAGUCUCUGCCCCCACUCUGAGCCUCAGUAUCCUGAAGGCCCCAAAACAUUCCCUUCUUAUGGGGGCAUUUUUUUUGCCUGAGGUCUAAAAUAGCCCUCCCCACCCCAGAGUCACCACUGUUAAGGGACUCUAUCCGUUGAAAACACUUUGCCAAGGCCAUGCUAUCUGCUUAGGCAUGCCAAGAAGAUGUCACUUGUUUACACACAUACUACCAUGUUCCCGAGCUCCAUUCUUGUCCUGCAUCCCAAGCGCACCUGAGUCUCCCAGAACUCACUUUCCCUAUCACUUACACCUGGUUUUCUGCCACCUUGAGAGAACUGGCUCCUGGGUUCCUGCUCAGGCACGAAAUGGGUCAACAUGCAGGUGACAGUUGUUCAUUCUGUAAUUCUGUCCACUAACCUAUCCAUUUAUUCAACAGAGGUUUGCCAAAUGAAUAUAUGACACUCUCGAGCCUCUGAGUAUAGUGGGGGCCUCCCUGGCCUCUGCCUUGGGCCUUGCCUCUGUCCUCAGGUCCUCUCAGAUGCCUGCGCAGUUGCUGCAGCUGCCUGUUCAUUCCAGGUUCUGAUUUCAUUCCCAGCCCCUGGUUUCAGGUUCCCAGAGAGUGGGGGUAGUGGGGGUGAGGAAGGGGUAUUUUCCUGCCUCCUCUGCUGAUGCACGCCUGGGUUAGUGGGCCAGGGGCCUCGUCAUGGAGGACCAUGGGACCUGAGGAGGAGGCAGGUGCUCCCAGGCUCCCAGAGCCCUGCAAAGACCCCAGCUUUUCCUGAGAGAAGGGACUCUGGGGUAGGUAGUACCAGGCCUACCGGAGUCAGGCCACCCCUUGGGCUUGCAGGAGAUGGUGACUCUGUCACCUGCCUAGAGGCCAAUCCACCACCAUUCCCUCAAAUGCAGCCAAGGAGGCUACAGUGCAUUUCUUGCUGCCUGGACCAAAAUGUUCCUUUGAAUCGUUAAUGUUUUAUAUUCUUUUGGUUUUAAAAUCCUCACUUUUAACCAGUGGGUUUUAAAGAAAAUGUAAAGGCUGAACCUCCCUUUUCUUCUUGAACUCUAGUUUUGUGGGUCUCCUGAUUUAGAUUCCACUUGAGGUGGGACACUGGGGAAGGUGUCCUCAGAGGAGGUCCUGAAGUGGAUGAAAAGAGGGUGUUUUGAAGUUGGGUGUCUUGCAAGUUGGCACAGCCAUGUUCUUGUGUGUUGGUGCCAUGACCCACUUGGUUCAUGUAUGGAAAUUCCUCUUGGGAACCUGACUUUUUGACUCCAGAGCCCACCUCCUGGCCAGGUGACCGGGCUAGAGGUGCAGGUUUCUCUGACUUUGCCUCCUGCCCCUGUGGCUGGCUCUGCUCCUAGGCCUUGGACAGUGAGGGGCCAGGAACUGAAAGACAAGGAGGACAAGCUGAGACCUCCCCUUGAGAACCUGGGCCCGGGGCCAGCACUCUGCGCAUGACCAGGAGCAAGUUACUUAAACCUCCUGUGCCUCGAUUUCCCCCUUCUGUAGAGUGGGGCCAGUGAUUGUUGUUUGCCAGCACUCUUAGUAACAAGUGCUGGAUAAGGGCAAAACUACUCCUUUCUCUACGUGUAUCUGUAUGUGCACCCACUAUACAUGCAUUCGUGUAGUCCCACAUCUCAACGUCUAUUUCAAAUGAAGCUCCUGUGGUGGGGCUAGAGAGGUGGGUGCUGGGGAAGCCAGCAUAGGCCCCAGCACUGAGUCCUGGGUCUUUGCUCAGCCAUGUCUCCCUGGGAUAUAGGAGCAAACCAGGGCCAAGUGGCAGGCCUGUGUGGGCUUCAGCCUGGGGCCAGGCACUGCCUCCCACCCCACACACCCCUGCCCUUGCUUUCUGCCUACGGAGCUGGGCCAGGCUGGCUCCUGGCUAUGCAGGCCUCUCUUGUCCCCAGGAGGCCCUGGAGAGGGCAGUUGCUUUGUUCACUUUAUGCACUAAUGGAGGCCUUAGAGUCCCCACUUGCACAUGGGUGGGGCCUCAGCCUACACACCCAGACCUGGGCUUCCCUCCUUAGGCCCACCACAGGUCAGGGGAGAGGAGGCCUGUCCUGUGCUCAGAAUAAAUGUUACCACAA